AUGGGUUCUUCUUCGAGCGGCAAAAAACACAAAAAGGAUAAAAAGCACAAGAAACAUAAGAAGCACAAGGAGAAACAUGUUAUUACGGUUACAGAGUCCGAUUCCGACAGUUCAGACUGUAUUGAAGUACCUGUGGCCAAUAGCAGUACUAAAAGUAGAAGCAGGGAACGUGAUCGCAGUGCUCCCCCACCGCCUCAGCUAUCGAAGCAAUAUGAUCAUGAAGAGGAUCGUCGAAGGCGUGAAUAUGAGAGGGAGCGGGAUAAGGAUCGUGAACGAGACCGUGAAAGAGAACGUGAUCGGGAGAGGGAUCGAGAACGACAACGUGAACGCGAAAGAGCUUAUGAAAAAGAAAUAGCUCGCGAAAGAGAACGUGAACGAGAACGUUACGAAAGGGACCAAGUUCGGAGAAGAGAAAGAGAACGGGAUGCUGGCGACGAUAUUGAUAGGGAACGGCGAAGGGACUAUGAAAGACGUCGAGAAAGAGACCGCGAAAGAGAAAGGUCGGAUAGGGAUAGACAUACUCGUCGUCGGGAGGACAAUGAAGACAGAGAUAUAGAAAGGGCUCUAUCGAUGGAGAGCGAACGAUCCAAAUCUGUAGAAAUCGUCAAGUCUCAAGAGCGCGACCUUUCUCCAAUACCGGAAAACGGCGCUGGCGACUGUCUUUCUAUAGAAGAAACCAACAAAUUAAGAGCCAAAUUGGGUUUAAAGCCACUUGAAUUGGAUUCAGGUCCAUCGUCAAAGCCUACCACAUCUGCGGCUGCAGCAGCCGAAUUAAAAAAACCGGGCCAAAAAGAUUUGUCUUCAUAUAAGGAUGAAUGGGGAGAAUUUUUACAUAAACCGGCAGAAAAUCUGAAAGAGAAAACGGAAACGGAAAAGUUAAGGGAAAAACUAAAACAAAGAAAAGAAAAACGGGCGUUGGAGGAACGUCUUGCUCGAAUUAAAACCCUUGGUGAAUCGGACGAUGAGGUAGAUGACAUUAGUAAGUGGGUGGAACGCAACAAAAGGGCGGUGGAUGAAAAGAAGGAAGCCGAACGAAGGGCCAAGCUCUUGGAGGAAAUGGAUCAAGAAUUUGGAGUUGAUGAUCUCGUACAAAAGGAGCAACAGGAGAUUCGCCAACGUUCAUACAAUGAACAACAUCUUAAGGGCCUUAAGGUUGAUCACGAUGUAAAUGAUUUCACAGAAGGCAAAUCGAUUAUAUUGACACUUAAAGACGCCGAUGUACUCGACGAAAAGGCCGACGACACUCUGGUCAAUGUUAAUAUGAUUGAUGAUGAACGUUACAAGAAGAAUGUCGCUGCUAAAAAACAGAACCCCCUGUCUUAUGGUUACAAUGUUUAUGAGGAACAGUAUGAUGAACUGGGAAAUCCCAUAGAGAGGGGCAUUUUGGAAAAGUACGACGAAGAUUUAGAUGGAAACAAGAAGAAAACGAAAACAUUUGUCAUUGGAGAAAAUCUUGAAGAAGAAAGAGAACACCAACGAAAAAUGUUGGAGAUAAAAACAAAACUUGCCGGCAAAAAACUAGAAACUCUAGCUGACAUUGAAAUAAAAUUGGCAUCCGAUACUUUGACAGAAGCGGAACUGGCCACCUUUAAGAAACCGAAAAAGAAGAAAAAACUCCGGCAAAAACUUAAAGCUGAUGAUUUGGUACCACUGGCUGAUGAAAAUCCAACACAACAUUUUGGAAGUCGCUCGGGACGUCAUCGCAGUCCCAGCGAUGGGGACCCUCCGAUGUCUACCGAAGCCAACUUAAAAAUCGAGGAAGAGGACGACGACAUGGAACGAAUACUCUCAAAGGCACGCAAGCUGAAGCAGAAAGAAAGCAUCAUAAAGAAACCAUUGCCAAUAGACAUAAAAACAGAAGUGAAAACCGAGCAAGAAGACGACAAUGCUAUGGAUAUUGAUGGUGGUCGGGAAAGUAACAUUGUUCUCAAUGCCACUGCUGAAUUUUGUCGUACAUUAGGAGACAUACCCACUUAUGGAAUGGCUGGCAAUCGAGAUGAAGACUCAAACGGAAUGAUGGACUUUGAAGUAAAUGAGACCAACGAGGAUCGUGUGACCGAAGAACCCGAAGACGAUCUCGUUGAGCCAGGUCAUGGCACUUGGAACUCGGUUAAUCCGGAUGAAGUUAACAAGCCUGCCAAUUUGGAUGCUAUUGUUAAUGAGGUGGAGGAAGUGGCCAUUUUAGAUGAAGAACCCGAUGUUGGAGCCGGCGUAGCUAAUGCUCUUCGUUUGGCCCUGUCGAAAGGCUAUUUGGAAAAAGAGGAACACAAUCGGCCUAGCAAUUCCAAAAUGGCUCAUUUGCAAGCAAAGAACUAUUCCAUAGAAGACAAAAAUAUGGGAGAGGAUGAUAAAUUUGGUAGACGUGAUCGUUUUCAUGGAGGUCCCAUUAUGGAAUUCAAGGAUAAAGACAAUUUCAAGCCUAAUGUUAAAUUGGAAUACAUUGAUGACAAUGGACGCAUUUUAAAUUUGAAGGAGGCUUUCCGUUACUUGUCCCACAAGUUCCAUGGCAAAGGGCCGGGCAAGAAUAAGAUUGAGAAACGUUUAAAGAAGAUGGAACAAGAGGGGUUAAUGAAAACUAUGAGUUCAACCGAUACUCCAUUGGGGACACUUACCAUGCUGCAACAGAAGCAGAAAGAAACGAAGACCCCAUAUGUUGUUCUAAGCGGUGGCAAACAAGCAUCUACAAAUAUUUCAGGCGGAACAAUAUCUAAAUUUAAGUAGACUGUAAGC